GCCUGAAUUAGGCAAACGACCAUGAGGAGCGCGACAGAACAGUCGUUGUUGUUGCUGUUGCAGUAUCAGGAAUUUCGCUCCUCAUUAUCAGAGAGGAAAAUGAAGACCCAGAGCUCAGCAUCGCCUUCUGGCAGGGCGGUUUGCCUGCAGAACCCUCACCUGGAGGCUCUGGAAGAAGACAUCCUCUACCACCUGAGUCUGGGCUCCAAAUCUCACAACCUGACAGAGAUGUUUGGCGACAUCAAGUUUGUGUGUGUUGGUGGGAGCACCCUGCGGAUGAAGGCCUUCAUUGAGUACAUUGCGGCGGAGCUGGGAAUAGAAGAGCCGAACUCGGAGUUUCCCAACAUCUGCGCCGGGACUGACCGCUAUGUCAUGUACAAAGCUGGCCCGGUGCUGUCAGUCAGCCAUGGCAUCGGCGCCCCGUCCGCGUCCGUCCUGCUGCAUGAGCUCAUCAAGCUCCUGCACCACGCCGGCUGCACCGACGUCACGGUCAUACGUCUGGGCACGUCUGGAGGCUUAGGGAUGGAGCCUGGCACUGUGGUUGUGACUCGGCGUGCUGUGGACCCCACCUUCCAGCCCAGGUUCCAGCAGGUGAUCCUGGGGAAGACAGUGACCUACGACUCGUCACUGGACCUGGACCUGGCUGAGGAGCUCCUGCACUGCAGCCAGGAGCUCAGCCAGUUCCGCACGGUGCUGGGUGACACCCUGUGCACCGACGACUUCUACGAAGGUCAAGGCCGGCUGGACGGUGCCUUCUGUCCUUUCACGGAGCAGGACAAGCAGGAGUACCUGCGCAGUGCCCGGGAGGCGGGUGUCUGCAACAUGGAGAUGGAAUCUAGUGUUUUUGCCGCCAUGUGCAGACGCAGCGGCCUCAGAGCCGCUGUGGUCUGUGUCACCUUGCUGGACCGGCUGAAGGGGGACCAGGUCACCAGCUCCCACCAAGUCCUGCAAGGUUACCAGCUGCGCCCCCAGCAGCUCAUCUGUCACUACAUCAAGAAGCGGCUGAAGAGCAACGCGGCUCAGGACGAGGUGGCGCCGUCCUGACCGCCCAGGAUAGCUAGCAGGCCCAGAGCCCUCAAAGUGUACCAGUGUCCCACUUACCGAACCAUGAAUGAAGCUCAAAUCUGCCAAACUUUUAAAACUAAAACAGAGCAAGGAGACCAAUGGAGCAUCUCUCUCUAAUUGCCAGCAGCAACGUGGAGGAGGAAGAUCUAAAGCUUCACCAGAAAACCUGCCUCUGUGCUGCUGGAGGUGUUGAAAGUCCAUGUGAGCUGAUGUUUAUGAACCUUUCGUCAUUAAA